AACAAACAUGGACUGAUCAAUUCGAAACGACAACAUCCCGUCUUACCUAUAUUUGAAUCUACGCGUGUACUGAAGCCACACUCAUCUUCUUCCUGCGACGUGGUUUUGACAACACUAGAAUGGCUGAGGUCAGCCCCUUCGCCGAGCUCUUGGGGCAAGCAAUCUACCAUUUCGAAGCCAUCAGACCUCUCUUGCCUACGUACGGCCACUUGAUCGUUUCCGCAUUGUUUCCUAUAUACGCCGGUGCCCACGCCUCACUGUCGAGACCGUCCUCCGCUGCAAAACCCCCCAAGAAAUCGGAGAAGAAAGAUGGCGAUGACUCGGAAUCCGAAGAGGAAGAUGAAGAAGACCAGGGCGACGGUAGUAAAAUGGAGGGGCUCGAGCCGAGUGAUGCCUUGAUGUUUCCGUUGACGGCUGGGCUUACAUUGGGGGGAUUAUACUUGGUUAUCAAGUACAUGGGUGCCGAUUUGUUGAACAAAGUCUUGGGGUUCUAUUUCUCCCAGAUGGGUAUCUUCUUUGCGAUGGCUUUCCUGAAAGAUGCACUCGUGGUGAUGAGGUCUUUCGCAUUUCCGAGGAAGUAUAGCCACUCCGGGAAAGUUUGGAAGCAAAAGAAAUCUGAGCCUGUCUUUACAAUCGUGAGAGACAAGUCUCUUGACGCAACAUCUGCAGAGACCCGGAGCUCUCCUCUGCCGGGAAUUUGGGGAUCAAUUCCGCUGCCAGGCUGGGCGCUUUCAACUAUCUGGACGUGCCGCAAGCUGGCGUACCAACGGGCGAAGCUCCGAAUCAAUUUGCAUCGUGUCGUGCGUGCCGAAUGCUCUGUGAGCUGGCUGGAUCUUGUCAGCUUGCUCAUGGCCCUUCCCGCCAUCGCCUACUUCACAUUCGUUACGAAGCCGUGGUGGCUGACCAACUUCUUGGGGUUCAGCUUCUGCUACGGCACACUGCAAUUCAUGUCGCCUUCCAGUUUCGUUACGGGAUCGCUUAUCUUGAGCGCACUGUUCUUCUACGACAUCUACUUUGUCUUCUACACACCAUUGAUGGUAACAGUUGCAAAGAAACUCGACGUGCCGAUCAAACUCCUCUUCCCUCGGCCAGACCCGAGUGGCGAUCCCGACCUUGUCUCCCUAGCGAUGCUAGGAUUGGGCGACAUUGUGAUUCCUGGCAUGAUGGUGGGACUGGCGCUCCGCUUUGACCUGUUCCUCUACUACAAGCGGAAGGGAUUGCAAAUGUUGCAAGCAAAUGGCAAAGAACAGGAGCCCGUGAAGCCCAUCUACCAAACCGCGACGGGCGGUUGGGGAGAGUGGUUCUGGACCCGUACUAUCAAGCCUGCCCUACCAGAGCUCGAACCCCCGUAUCACGAUGCUCGGACCUUCCCCAAAACAUACUUCAAGGCCAGUGUGUUUGGAUAUGUCCUCGGCAUGGUGGCAACGCUCCUUGUUAUGCAGUGCUUCAACCAUGCCCAGCCGGCGCUUCUCUACCUGGUACCCGGGGUUCUUCUCUCGUUAUGGGGAACAGCCCUUGUGAAGGGGGACCUGCACGAGAUGGUUGGAUUUUCUGACAUGGAGGAGGAGGAAGAGUCGGAGGACUCCGCGGAUAAAAAGGAAGAGAAGCAGAAUGAUGAUUCUCCCAAGAUGGGACUGUUCCAGCGAGUCUUCUACGGUGUCAGCAAAUCUACCCCAGAAAAAUCUGACGCCCCUGCCGACAAGAAGGAAGAGAAGCCGAAGGAGACCGAUGGAGAGCAAGAAGCAACGUCGGAAACCGAGGAGUCCAAAGAGAAGGACUCGCACAAAUCGUCCAAGACCGUUGAGGCAAAGAACAAGGACUUGGACCUGUUUUCGAUAUCUCUCUAUGUUCCCAGCAAGAACAAGUCAACCAAGGAAGACGGAGACGCCAAGGCCACGGAAGAUGAGGAGAGUUGGACUUCUGUUGGUGGCACGGAGAAUGAUAACGAGCCUCCUCAUAAGAGGAGACGCAGGAGCCCUAGAAAUGCUGCUAAGGCUAGCCAAUAGUUGACGUGCUCAUUCACUCUCCAAAAGGAUCAAUUCGGGCUUUUUUUUAUUCCCUCAUGAUGACCAAUAUGUGGCCUGGUUCAUCUAUCACAUAGAAAUGUUUUGUUCUAAGC